UUACGUGUGUUGGGACAGAUUUUCACCUAAAAUCCGUGCUAAACCCUAAACCAUUCCCGCCUUCUCUCUUCUUCUCGUUAGUCCCUUCCCCUGUUCUCAUAUUCUUCCCUUUCCUCUCCCAUUCUCACCUUCGUCUCCCCUUCGCUAGUCCUCCAUCGCCCCGAAACCCAGUUGCACGCCAACACCCGAAUCCCAGUUUUGCCUCCCACAUGCUCGUCGUCAGUCCUGCUGGACUGACCUGAUUUGUCGGCAUCGGAGCCACUGUCAGAGACUCGAACAAAUUGGAGAUUGGACGCAGGCUGGAACUGAAACCACUGGACAGGUCGGCGAAUCGCCGGCGUCUCAUCGGUUUUCGUCAGAGUGGUUGUGUGAGACGACGACAACUAGCUAUUUCGAUUUGAAGUUCAUCAAGUUCUGAUAAGCUCAAAGAGUUUGAUAUUCUAUGGCGACGGCUUCUCACGCACAAGCUGUCAAGUCUCUCAACAAGUCCCCUGGUCGCCGACGUUUUGUCUUCCAGACGUUCUCCCAGAGAGUACAAGAAAUUGACAUUGACGUAUACAGAAGCCUUGAUAAAGUUAAGUCUGAGCCGUCCGAGGGAUCCUCCUUCUUUCGAGACUGCCUUAUAGAAUGGAGGGAAUUAAAUACUGCUGAGGAUUUUAUUUCUUGUUACGAGGAAAUUAUUCCAUUGGUACAAACAUUACCACUGGUGAUACUGCACAAGGAGUCUAUAUUCUCAAAUCUUCUUUCUAGAGUACAGAUAAAAGCAAGGUUAUCUCUUGAGCCUAUAUUGAGGUUGAUUGCGGCUUUAGCAAGAGAUCUGUUGGAGGACUUUUUGCCAUUUCUGUCUCAAUUAGCUGAUGCAUUGGUGUCUCUUCUAGAAGGUGGUGCAGCUAGGGAGCCAGAAAUUAUUGAGCAGAUUUUUACAUCAUGGUCAUAUAUAAUGAUGUACUUGCAAAAAUAUCUUACACGAAAUAUUACCGAUUUGCUAAGGGUUACAGUGUCCUUGAGAUAUUACUCUAAAGAUUACAUUCAAGAUUUCAUGGCCGAGGCGACAUCAUUCUUGCUAAGGAAUGCACCAGUUGAUCAGCUAAAAAAUGGAAUUAAACGGAUAAUAUUGGAAGUUGUUAAAAAACCUCUUGCUACAAGAGAAUAUGGCACUAGUGCUCUGCUAUUUCACACCAUGAGAGGAACCUCAUCAAGGUUUCAUUCAAGAGCAGAGCUGGUGUUUCGCUUUUUGAUUAGUGGUCCAACAUUUGAAAUUGGCCGAGACUCCAGUCAAGGUUCAGACACCAUUUUAGAAGUGUUAAAGUGUGUGUGUCAGAGAUUAUGCGAAGAAAUGGAUCCCAAGGAAUUGGAGGUGAUAUGGAAAUGCUUGUUUGAGGAAAUAACAGCUGCCAUUUCUACUGAUUACAUGGUUUAUAUAAAUCACCUGUUGAUGCUUCUUGCUUCAGUAGCUCAGAAUUUGGAUUGGAAAAAACUUCAUGAUUAUAAACCAAUGCUCGAACUUGUAGACUUACUUGUGAUGAAGUUUGCCACAACUCCAAGCCUUCCGGUGGAUGAUGAUUUAUCCAGUAUCAUUGAUACAAUUUUGCAGUUAAUGUUAGUUAUCCUUGAAGGUCUUAAAAAUUCUGAGGACUUUCUAUGUAUUUCUGGUUGCUCAUUGCGUUGGGCUCCAAUAUUUCAAUUAAACAACAGUAGUUUAUUAAUUUUUGUACGAGAAGUAAUGGAGAAGGACUCUAGGGUACUAUGUGCAUUCAGAACUAACAUUUUAAGAGUGAUGAAUGAAUUGUUAGAAUCUUCACCUGAAGAAGUUAUUUAUCUUCUGCUUUCCUUUUGUGAGAGAUUACCAACAGAAGUGUUAUGUACAUCUGAAGAGGAAAUUCCAAGGAUUAAUAGUUUUAUUCUAAAAAUCCUUCGGCAGUGGAUUAAAGAGAUCACUGAUCUUUUGCAAUGCAGUUCGUCAACGAUUGAUAUUAAUGAAUCUAAAUUGGCUAUUUUUUGGGGUGUUGUUCGUUGUUGCCCAUAUAUUUUAAAAUUUCAAGCCAGUUCAUCCUUACUAGUGGAGUUGAUUAAUGCACUUGACCGGCUUUGUACUCUUGAAGGUGACAUUUUUGGAAUCCCUAAGGAAAAGUUGGAAAGCAUAAUUGGUGCCACCAUAGGUUCUUAUCUUAAGUUGCUCUCUAGUGAGAAGGCUGGGCUUGAAGAAUUAAGCAGACUUGUGUACCUUGCCAAAAGAUAUAGCUCAUGUUCACAAGUCUUGGUAGCUGUAGCUGAUUAUUUGGAUUUUAUUUAUGGGCCCGCAUUGGAAGCUGACAUCAGCAAAAGAAUCUAUUCUGAAGAGUUUCAAGCAGACAAGGUUGAGGAUGCAGUACAGGUGUUUGCAGAUAAUUUGCGUCACUCAGAUAAAGGGGUUCGUUUAUCUACUCUCAGAAUAUUGUGUCACUAUGAGCCUUUGCAGUCUGCUAACCUUGCAAAGGAAUCUUCCAUUGAUAAUGAGAUGGAAGCUGAAAAUUUUGCAUUGUAUUCUGAUGAUUUAGUAGGCAGUGAGGUCCUUCGUCUACUUCUCUCUGUUGAAUCGACAUCUACUUCAAUAUCUACCAGCCGAAAGAUUAUAUUAUUGAUCUCUGGAGUGCAGAAGGCCUUGUUGGCUGAAAGGAUACCUGAGGCUUACUUAUUGGUUGCUUUAAAUGGGAUUAUUGGCAUUUUCCAAAAUCGCUUUAGCUAUAUUUGGGAUCAAGCAUCUGAAUGUCUUGCCUCUUUAAUCAGAAAACACUCGGGAUUUGUGUGGGAUAAACUGAUCUGUUAUUUUCAGAAGUGGUUAUGUCUACUUGAUCAACCAGGCAGAGAUACUUCUGAAUCAUCUGAUGAAUUAAAUGAUCUAGUCAGAUGUUUCCGCUCAUUCGUUGUUCCUUCACCAGACAGUACACCACUCUUUACUCUGUUAUCCUUGGUGCUUCAAUCAUUACAAAAGAUUCCGACCAUUGUUGAAUCUCAGUCUCAACGGAUGUUGCCUUUGUUCUUAACAUUUUUAGGCUACAGCAUUGGUCAUGUGGAUAGUGUGGAUUCGUUCAAACAAUAUGCAUGCAAAAGCAAAGAGUGGAAAUGUGUUCUGAAGGAGUGGUUAAACUUGCUGAGGAAAAUCCGGAACCUGAAGUCUUUUCACAAGAGUGACUUUCUUAAAGAAGUUUUGGAGCAAAGGCUUUUGGACGAUAAUGAUGCUGAAAUACAAAGCAAGGUCCUUGAUUGCCUCUUAAUGUGGAAAGAUGAUUUCUUGAUCCCACAUGAACAACAUCUAAAAAACAUGAUCUCCCCCAAGACUUUGAGAGAAGAACUUACAAGGUGGAGCUUGUCAAAAGAAAAGAAUCAAAUUGAUGAAAGUCACAGACCUAAGCUUGUACCUUUAGUUACUCGCUUAUUGAUGCCAAAAGUUAGAAAAUUGAAGGUUCUUGGUUCCCGCAAGCAAGCGAGUGUAAAUCUUCGAAAAGCCGUCCUUCAGUUCAUUGCACAACUUGAUACAGUAGAGCUUCCACUUUUCUUUGCUCUGUUAUUGAAGCCUUUGAACAUUAUUCCAAGGGAAGCUGAUGCAAGUGCUAACUGGUUUUCUAACUUGCACCUAGUUUCAAUGAAAGCGUCGGCAACUAACAUCUUGAAGUACUUCUCAACAGAAAGUAUAGUAGCAUUGUCAUGGAAGAAGAAAUAUGGUUUUAUGCAUGUUGUUGAAGAAAUUCUUGCUGUUUUUGAUGAAAUGCUUAUCAGUCCAUUUCUCAAUGUAAUAUUGGGCUGUGUUGUCCGAAUUUUGGCAAGUUGCACAUCAAGUCUUCAUGCGGCAAGGAAAAAUGAAGCGUCUUUAUCUGAAAUUGGAAAGACAUACAACAAGAAUUCACUUGAUAUGAAUAAAGAAGCAGCACUCCCCAGUCUGACCUGUACAGCUGUGAAGCAGCACAAAGAUUUAAGGUCUUUAUGUCUCAGAGUCAUUUCAUUUGUUCUUUACAAGUACGAGGAUUUUGAUUUUGAAAUGGAAUUCUGGGACCUAUUUUUUACGUCUGUGAAAUCUUCAAUCGAAAGUUUCAAGCAUGAGGGCUCAAGCAGUGAAAAGCCAAGUUCACUUUUCUCUUGCUUUCUUGCCAUGAGUAGAAGCCACAAACUUGUGCCACUGUUGGCUAGAGAGAGGAAUCUAGUUCCUGAUAUUUUCUUCAUCCUCACUAUCUCGACAGCAUCUCAACCCAUCAUAUUGUUUGUACUUCAGUUUAUUGAAAACUUGUUGACUAUUGAUGGUGAGUUGGAUGGCAAUGAUAGUGCGGUGAGAAGCAUUUUACUUCCGAAUCUUGAUUCCCUUAUUCAAAGCUUGCAUGUUCUUUUCCAAAGUGGUGAUGCGAAAAAGAGGAAAUUGGUAGAACACCUCAAUGGACCAAUGAUAAGAAUUUUCAAAUUACUCUCGAAGCUCGUAAGGGACCAAUUGCAUGCUAAGAAGUUUGUAGAAAUCAUACUCCCAUGCUUAUCUCAGGCUGGUCGUAGUUCUGAAUCUCAUGCUGAUACUCUGCAAGUGGUACAAAAUGUGGUUCCCCUUCUAGGGAGCGAGAGUACAACAAAAAUCUUGAAAGCAGUUUCUCCGUUACUGAUUUCUGUUGAGCAAGAUCUGCGUUUGCUUGUAUGCGAUCUUAUCAAUGCUCUUGCAGAAGUUGAUUCUUCCAUCCUCUGUGUGGCUCAAAUCAUCCGUGGUUUAAAUGCAACCUCUGCUACGGAAAUUGGUGGACUUGAUUUUGACACAAUUGUCAAUAGUUAUGAAAAAAUUAGUGUUGAUUUUUUCUGUGCUACCCCAGAAGAACAUGCAUUAGUUGUUCUAUCGCAGUGCAUGCAUGAUAUGUCAUCGGAGGAACUAAUCCUAAGACAUAGUGCUUAUAGGUGUUUGCUCUCUUUUGUCGAAUUUUCUUCUUCAGUUCUUGGUCAAGGAGGGAUCAGUCACCAAGAAACAAUUGACAAUAUCACAUUGUACGACAGUAGUUGGUCAAAAGAAAGUGUCAUGCGGCUAACAAACAAAUUUAUUUUUAAGCACAUGGGGGAAGCAAUGAACAGGGAGACCUCGGUUAAAAAGGAGUGGAUAAAUUUAUUGCGAGAAAUGGUGUUGAAAUUUCCUGAUGUAGCAAACUUAAGUUCGCUGAAGGCUUUAUACAGUAAAGAUGCUGAAGUUGAUUUUUUCAGUAACAUUACCCACUUGCAGAAACUUAGAAGAGCAAAGGCAUUAAUUCGCUUCAAAAAUACAAUUCCUACUGUCAACAUGCCUGAGGUUAUCACAAAGAAUGUCUUUCUGUCACUGUUCUUCAAUAUGCUGUUUGAUUUACAAGAGGGUAAAGCAGAGAAUAUUAGAGUUGCUUGCAUAGAGGCGCUUGCUUCAAUUUCUGGUCAAAUGGAAUGGAAGUCAUAUUUUGCUCUAUUAAGAAGAUGCUUACGGGACAUUACUAAACAUCCUGAUAAAAAAAAGGUUCUGAUGAGAUUGAUAUGCUCUAUUUUGGACAACUUCCAUUUUCAAGAGAAUAUUUCAGAAGUUGGGUCAACACAAUUAUAUGGCAGUAUGGUUGUGAUGAACAAUAUGCAAGCAUGCCUUAGUAAAGAUGUGUUCCCAAAGAUACAAAAAUUUAUGAACUCUCAGUCGGAAAGAGUUGAUAUUUAUGUCCAUCUUGCUGCCGUAAAGCUGUUGAAAUUACUUCCUGAAAAUGCUAUGGAUUCACAACUUUUGAGUAUCAUCCAGCAUAUUGUGAACUUUUUGAAGAAUCGCUUAGAAAGUGUACGUGAUGAAGCUAGAUCUGCGCUGGCUGCUUGUUUGAAGGAACUUGGAUCUGAAUACUUGCAGGUUGUAGUGAAGGUUUUGAGAGGAUCCUUAAAACGUGGUUACGAGAUGCAUGUGCUAGGGUAUACACUCAAUUUUUUAUUGUCUAAGCUCUUUACUGGCCCAGCCACUGGGAAGAUAGAUUAUCUUUUGGAUGAUCUCAUUUCUGUAGCAGAGAAAGACAUCCUUGGAGAGGUUGCCGAGGAAAAAGAGGUUGAAAAGUUGGCCUCGAAAAUGAAAGAGACAAGGAAACAGAAGUCCUUUGAAACCCUGAAAUUGGUAGCUCAAAGCAUAACAUUUAAAAGUCACGCACUUAAGCUCCUUAAACCUGUUACUGAUCAUAUGAAGAAGCAUCUGACCCCAAAAGCUAAAACCAAAUUGGAAAAUAUGCUAUCUAGUGUAGCUGCUGGUUUUGAAAGUAAUCCUUCCGUCAAUCAAACUGACCUGUUAAUCUUCAACUAUGGUCUCAUUGAAGAUGGAAUAAAAGUUGAAAAUGGACAGGGUGGAAUCUCCUCGUUGGUUGAUGCAAACAAACAUUCAAGAGAUGUCUCUAGGGGGAAGAAUUUUUCGUGUCAGACAAUACUUGCUAAGGCACCAUGUUCACACCUUAUUAUGGUGUUUGCACUUAAGCUUCUGCAUGGGUACAUGAAGAAGAUGCAACUUGGGAAAGGUGAUGCUCAGUUGCUAGCAAUGCUCGACCCUUUUGUUCCCUUGUUAGGAGACUGCUUGACUUCUAAAUAUGAGGAUGUUUUAUCAUUAACUCUUCGAUGUCUCACCCUAUUGCUAAGAUUGCCUUUGCCAUCUGUCAAAUCCCAAGCUGACAAAAUCAAGGGAGUAGUGUUGCUUAUUGCUCAGAGUUCAGUAGACCCAUGCAAUCCGUUGGUGGAAUCAUGUUUGAGAUUGUUAACUGUGCUUCUGCGAAAUGAGAAAGUUACACUCUCCACAGAUCAGCUACACUUAUUAAUUCAGUUUCCGCUGUUUGUUGAUAUUGACAAGAAUCCAUCUUUUGUUGCCCUUUCACUUCUGAAGGCAAUUGUACGUCGCAAGCUUGUUGUCUCUGAGAUAUAUGAUCUUGCUAUUCGGGUAGCAGAAUUGAUGGUGACAAGUCAAGUCGAACCAAUUCGGAAGAAAUGCAGCAAAAUCUUACUACAAUUCCUGCUUGAUUACCAUCUUUCAGAAAAGCGGUUGCAGCAACAUUUACAUUUUUUGCUCUCAAAUUUAAGGUAUGAGCAUUCAACAGGUAGAGAAGCUGUUUUGGAGAUGCUUCACGCAACUGUGGUUAAAUUUUCAAAAAGUGUGGUGGAUAGUAUUUCUGAGACAUUAUUUUUUCAUUUGGUGGCUUGCUUGGCUAAUGAUCAGGAUCAUCAUGUUCGGUCUAUGGCUGGUCUUGUAAUAAAGUGCCUGAUAGAUCGCAUAAGCCCAGGUCCUCAACAUAAUAUACUUGAAUCCAGUCUAUCCUGGUACUUGGAAGGAAAGCAGCAACUAUGGAGUGUCGCAGCACAGGUGUUGGGAUUACUAGUUGAAGUUGAAGCUUUAAAGGAAGCUUUUGAAAGACGUAUCCAAACUGUGUUGCUUGUUGCCAGGGGAAUUUUGCAGUGUGUUGUUGAUGUUACCAUGAAUGAGCAAAUAGACAUUUCCGCAGAGAGUACCAUUACCUUUUGGAAGGAGGCAUAUUAUUCCUUAGUGAUGCUAGAGAAGUUGAUGCACCAAUUCCCUCAGUUAUUCUUUGAGAAUGAUUUUGAAGAUAUAUGGGAAAUGAUUAGUCACCUGCUUCUUUAUCCACACAUGUGGAUACGUAGCAUCUCAAAUCGCAUGAUAGCAUCAUAUUUCAGGAAGAUUGUGAUUGAGAAUAGUGGAAGGACAUCAGAAAGAUCGCUUGGAGCCUAUACUCUUAUGAAGCCAAGUAGACUCUUCUUUAUUGCUACCUCCUUUUGCUGCCAGUUGAAGUCACAACUUACGGAUAAAGAUGCUGAUUUGAUCGAACAAAACCUUGUUUUUGCUAUUCGUGGUUUGCAUUCUGUCAUCGGAGAAGUGGAGAAUGUUGACUCCUGUCCAUUCUGGUCUACGCUGGAAGAAUCCGAGCAACGACUUUUUCUCAAAGCAUUCCAAUUGCUUGACUCUGAAAAAGGAAAAAGCAUGCUUUUACCUCAUAUGACUGGGGUAUUUAACCAAAAUGAUGCCGGUCCUGAGCAGAUCCGUCGCCUUCUCAUCUCAAACUUGAUCAAACAGAUGGGGAAGGUUGCUCUUCAAACGGAUACUAUACAGAUGAAAGCUGUUUUCAAUGUCUUUCGGAAUAUAUCAUCACAAAUCAGUGUAGAAGAUUGUGAACGAUAUGUUUUCGAAAUCUUGUUGCCUUUAUAUAGAGUCCGUGAAGGAUUUUCUGGAAAAGUGAUCCCAGAAUCAAUGGUACAGUUGGCCCAAGAAGUGUGUGAUAAAAUACAGAAUUGUUUGGGGAUUCAGAAAUUUGUACAGGUGUACAGCCAGAUCAAGAAGAGUCUGAAGACCAAAAGGGACAAGAGGAAGCAAGAAGAGAAGCGGAUGGCUGUCAUUAAUCCUAUGCGAAAUGCGAAAAGGAAACUACGAAUUGCGGAAAAGCAACGUGCCAGCAAGAGAAGGAAGAUAACAACAAUGAGAAUGUCAAGAAGAAUGUUGUAGCCUUGAAGAUUAGUUGAGAUGAUAUUAGAUGAGCUAAUAUAUUUGUUGUUAAUCCUGGCGUCAGAAAGAUGCUGACUUCACAAUUUUGUAUUCUUCUAUAGUAUAUAUCUUUAUUUACUGUGUAUAUUAUUCAAUUUUAUCUAAUUAUAAUUAUAGUAGGAAUACAAGUUCUUCA